UGGCGGGCAAGGCGGCGGCGGUGUCGGCCGGGCCCCCUCUUCCCUGCUGCAAGCCCCACCUUUCGGCUUCCUCGCACCGUCAAUCAAAAUAGGGGAAAACCCCGGAGUGGGCUCAAGGCCGCCGCCGCCACCUUCACCACCACCACCACCUCCUCGGCAGCAGCAGCAGGAGCAGCCGCCGCCCGCGCUCCAUAAGCAUGUCCCGGGCGGCGGCCGCCUAGCCCUAGUGGCCGCGGCGGCGAGCGGGGCCUGCGCGCGAACGAGCGAGCGAGCGCCAACCAGCCAGCGCUUUCUUUCCUUCCUUCCUCCCUUCCUUCCUCCCUCUCCCUGCCAAGUAGGCAGAAGCUCCCCUUGUCGCUCGUUCUCACACCAUGACCGCUCCCGAGAAGCCCGUGAAACAAGAGGAAAUGGCUGCCUUGGACGUGGACAGCGGCACCCACGGCGAGUAUCUGCAGCACGGAAACGGCGCCUCAGCAGCUACUUCGGCCGACGCCUCUGACGAGGCCGGCACCCCCCAGGACACCCAGCCGUCGCCGCUGGCGUUGUUGGCGGCUACCUGCAGCAAGAUCGGGCCGCCGUCACCGGAGGACGACGGCGAAGCUUCUCCAUCUGCCGGAGCGACAGGAGAUUUGGCCUCCGUACAGUUAGCAGGAACUCCAAAUAGAUGGGAGGUGUUGUCUGCUACACCUACAACUAUCAAAGAUGAAGCUGGCAAUAUAGUACAGAUCCCAGGGGCUGCCACAGUAACCUCAAGUGGGCAAUAUGUUCUUCCCCUUCAAAGUUUGCAGAAUCAACAGAUAUUUUCUGUUGCACCUGGAUCGGAUUCAUCGAAUGGUACCGUGUCCAAUGUCCAAUAUCAAGUAAUACCCCAGAUUCAGACAGCUGAUGGUCAGCAAGUUCAGCUUGGUUUUGCGGCCUCUUCCGACAAUGGUAGUGUAAAUCAAGAAACUGGUCAAAUUCAAAUCAUUCCUGGCUCCAAUCAAACCAUUAUUGCCUCUGGAACAUCUUCUAGUAAUAUUCAGAAUAUUUUAUCACAGACUGGCCAAGUCCAAGGGGUUACAAUUGGUGGUUCAUCUUUUCCUGGGCAAGCACAGGUAGUUGCUAACGUUCCUCUUGGACUUCCAGGAAACAUUGCUUUUGUUCCCAUCAACAGUGUUGAUUUAGAUUCUCUGGGACUAAGUGGUUCUCAAACCAUGACUGCAGGCAUUAAUGCUGAUGGACACUUGAUAAGUACUGCACAGGCAAUGGAUAGUUCGGACACUUCUGAUAGGACUGCUGAACAGGUUUCUCCUGAAAUGACAGAAACCACCACUGAUACAGACUUAUUUGUGCCAACAUCAUCUUCAUCACAACUGCCUGUUACCAUAGACAGUACUAGUAUAUUGGAACAAAAUGCAAACAGCUUGCCUACUGCUACUGGGCAAGUACAUAGUUCUGAUCUUCAGGGAAAUUACAUCCAAACAUCAGUCUCGGAUGAGACGCAGGCUCAGAAUAUUCAGGUCUCCACAGCACAGCCUAUUGUACAGCAUAUACAGCUUCAAGAGUCUCAACAAACAACCAGUCAAGCCCAAAUUGUACAAGGUAUUGCGCAACAGACAAUCCAUGGUGUGCAAGCCAGCCAAGGUAUAUCGCAACAGGCUUUGCAGAAUCUUCAACUUCAGUUGAAUCCUGGAACUUUUUUAAUCCAGGCACAAACAGUGACCCCAUCUGGGCAGAUAACGUGGCAGACAUUUCAAGUACAAGGAGUCCAGAACUUGCAGAACUUACAGCUGCAAAAUGCCCCUGGCCAACAGAUAACGUUGACACCUGUGCAGACGCUCACUCUUGGUCAAGUUGCAGCAGGUGGGGGCUUGACUUCAACUCCUGUUAGUCUAAGUACUGCUCAGUUGCCAAAUCUGCAGACAGUUACAAUAAAUUCCAUAGAAUCUGGUGGCAUUCAGCUACACUCAGGAGAAAAUGCUGACAGUCCUGCAGAUAUUAGGAUUAAAGAAGAGGAACCUGAUCCAGAAGAGUGGCAGCUGGGUGGUGAUUCCACAUUGAAUACCAAUGAUCUGACACAUCUGAGAGUGCAGGUGGUAGAUGAGGAAGGGGACCAGCCACAUCAAGAAGGGAAAAGAUUGCGAAGAGUCGCCUGUACCUGUCCUAAUUGUAAAGAAGGCGGGGGAAGAGGAACCAAUUUGGGGAAAAAGAAACAACACAUCUGUCAUAUACCAGGCUGUGGAAAAGUGUACGGAAAGACAUCACAUCUGAGAGCUCAUCUCCGCUGGCAUUCUGGAGAGCGUCCAUUUGUUUGUACUUGGAUGUUCUGUGGCAAAAGGUUUACCCGCAGUGAUGAGCUACAGCGGCACAGGAGAACACAUACAGGUGAAAAGAAGUUUGUCUGUCCAGAAUGCUCCAAGCGCUUCAUGAGAAGUGACCACCUUGCCAAACAUAUUAAAACACAUCAAAAUAAAAAGGCUAUUCAUGCCAGCAGUACAGUGCUGGCAUCGGUAGAAGCAACACCAGAGGAUACUUUGAUUACUGCGGGUGGAACAACACUUAUCCUUGCUAAUAUUCAACAAGGUUCUGUUUCAGGGAUAGGAACUGUUAAUACAUCUGGCACCAGCAAUCAAGAUAUUCUUACCAACGCUGAAAUACCUUUACAGCUUGUUACUGUUUCUGGAAAUGAGACAAUGGAAUAAAUAUACACAAGAUACCUAUUAAUUGUGGUUAUUUUUAUACAGUAGUGAGAAGAAUAUUGUUCCUAAGUUCUUAGAUAUCUUUUUAUUGAUGUGCAAAAAUUUUUGGAUUGACAGUAACUUGGUUAUACAUGACACUGAAAUGCCUUACUUUGUAUGAUAUUCCAUAGUAUAUUAAAAUGGUAAAAUUGCAUGGGUUUUGUAGGUACUUUUGGAAUCUAGAAGAGAUUAAAUUUUACCAACUUGUAUAAAAAAAAUUUAACGAUGGAAAUGGUAGUCUAAUCAAAUGCAUCAAUCCUUUGUGGUUUAGUGUAAAAAUGAGAACAUGUUGGUAUUUAUCUAUUGUAAGAUAAAAGUUGAUUGGUGAAAAGAAAUCAUGUUAUGAUAAAAGAAAUUUUGUAAUUUUCUUGAUGACUGGAAUUUUUAUUAUGCAUAACUGACAAAUCAAGUUUCCAAGCAAAUGUUUCAUUGUAUAGGCUUUACUUAGCUCAUCAAGUUGUCAUUUUGAAGCUAAUUAUUUUAAUUAGGUUAACUAUGUACAAUAUUUUAAAGCAUUACUCUUGUAAGAUUUUGAAAAUGACAUUUUAACAUGGAACUCUAGGGAUAGUCACCUUUUAAAUCCUGUUGAAAAGCCAUGUUUAAAGUUUGAUUUUGCCAAAAUAAUGUAUUGUUAAUAUUCUUUCAAUAACUAAUUUGGGCAAUAUAUAUAUAACCAAUGUUUAAAAUUAUUCAAAGGCUUAAAAAAGAUAAGUUGCAGCAUUUUUUGUGGUGAAACAAAAAUAAAAAGAUGCCCUUUUCUUGAAUAUUGGAGGACCAAAAACUAAAGGGUAUCCAUUUCAACAGUGGUUUUUUUGUUUUUUGUUUUUUUUAAAAAAAUCUAAUCUUGUCUCCAAAAACAUCUGUCUGCCAGGGCCUUAAAAGCCAUCAUGUAAAUUAACAGGAAAAAACCCCAAACACACACACAUAUGCAAAUAAUAUAAAAUCAGUUCCAUAGGGACAAUACUUCAUAUUAAUAUUAGUCAUAGUGAAAUAAGGGUUAUACAACGCUUUCUUCUGCCAAGCUUUUGGUUAGUUGAGCUGCAUUUAAAUGUCCACAUCUUUCCUUUAUGCUUCCCUUAAAUUGUAUGUAUCCAGUACAUUUAACUGAUAAACAUAUAUGUUUUUUAUUAAGCUGAAUUCUUUUUUAUUUUUUAAUUACUGUUUAUAUUUUCAAUUAUAGAAAAAUGUACACACUUAAUUUGCAUAGCCAGUCUGUAAGUGCUCUGCCCAUUUUACAAAAAAAAAAAAAAGUACAAUCAUUACAGCAGUUCACUAUUUACAAACAUUUGGAAAUCUGUUCAUUUGUUCAAAUCACCUCAAAUUUAAAGGCUACCUUAUUGUACGUUUAAAGUGUAUUAUAACAGUGUGGUAGUUAAUAAAACACUAUUUUUUUUCCUUUUGA